UCAGCUGCAUCUUCUAUACUAGGAUCUCUUCAUGCUCCCAUCCACAUUAGGAAUCCAGCCUUGUAAUCCACACUACUAGCUGCUGACUCUUCUACAAUGGGCAGUAAAGGACACUAUAGGUACCACUGGCAGAGCCACAAUGUCAAGCACAGUGGGGUGGAUGAUAUGGUCCUCCUUUCCAAAAUCACAGAAGACUCCAUUGUGGAAAACAUAAAAAAACGUUACAUGGAUGAUUUUAUCUUUACAUACAUUGGCCCAGUGCUGAUCUCUGUGAAUCCGUUCAAGCAAAUGCCCUAUUUUGGAGAAAAGGAGAUUGAAAUGUACCAAGGAGCUGCUCAAUAUGAGAAUCCUCCACAUAUCUAUGCAUUGGCUGACAAUAUGUACAGAAACAUGAUGAUCGACAGAGAAAACCAAUGUGUCAUUAUAAGUGGUGAAAGUGGAGCUGGGAAGACCGUAGCAGCCAAAUAUAUAAUGGGGUACAUCUCGAAAGUGUCAGGAGGUGGUCCUAAAGUACAGCAUGUCAAGGAUAUAAUACUGCAGUCAAACCCUCUAUUGGAGGCCUUUGGUAACGCAAAGACAGUAAGGAACAACAACUCCAGCCGAUUUGGAAAGUAUUUUGAGAUUCAGUUCAGCCUGGGGGGAGAACCAGAUGGAGGAAAAAUCUCAAACUUUUUACUGGAAAAAUCUCGGGUGGUGAUGAGAAAUCCAGGCGAGAGAAGCUUUCACAUUUUCUAUCAGUUGAUUGAAGGUGCCUCUAAAGAGCAAAAGAAUGACCUUGGCAUCACAACCCUAGAUUACUACUGUUAUCUAAGCCAGUCUGGAUCUUACAAAGUGGAUGACAUCAAUGACAAGAGAGACUUUCAGGAAACUAUGCAUGCCAUGAAUGUGAUUGGUAUAUUUGCAGAAGAGCAAGCUAUGGUGCUGCAGAUUGUAGCUGGAGUUCUACACCUGGGCAAUAUUAGCUUCAAGGAAAAAGGCAACUAUGCAGCGGUGGAGAGUGAAGAGUUUUUAGCAUUCCCUACAUUCCUCCUGGGGAUAAAUGAAAGUCGCUUAAAGGAGAAGUUGACAAGCAGACAGAUGGACAGCAAGUGGGGCGGCAAGUCCGAGUCAAUCAAUGUGACUCUGAAUGUGGAACAGGCCUGCUAUACCAGAGAUGCUCUGGCCAAAGCACUUCAUUCUCGAGUCUUCGAUUACUUAGUGGAUUCAAUCAACAAAGCCAUAAAGAAGGAUCACGAAGAAUACAAUAUUGGUGUUCUUGACAUUUAUGGCUUUGAGAUUUUUCAGAAAAAUGGUUUUGAGCAGUUCUGCAUCAAUUUUGUGAACGAAAAAUUGCAACAAAUAUUUAUAGAAUUGACACUUAAAGCAGAACAGGAAGAAUAUGUCCAGGAAGGCAUUCGAUGGACCCCAAUAGAAUACUUUAAUAAUAAGAUUGUAUGUGACCUUAUUGAGAAUAAAGUGAACCCACCAGGCAUAAUGAGUAUUUUGGACGAUGUAUGUGCCACAAUGCAUGCAGUGGGAGAAGGAGCUGAUCAGACACUUUUGCAAAAACUCCAGAUGGCUGUGGGAACCCAUGAACAUUUUAAUAGUUGGAACCAGGGCUUCAUCAUUCAUCAUUAUGCUGGAAAGGUGUCUUAUGACAUGGACGGAUUCUGUGAAAGAAACAGGGACGUCCUUUUCACUGAUCUCAUUGAAUUGAUGCAAAGUAGUCAAUUGCCUUUCAUUAAGGCUUUGUUUCCAGAAAAUCUUCAAGCAGAAAAGAAGGGGCGUCCUACUACUGCAAGCAGUAAGAUCAAGAAACAAGCAAAUGACUUGGUGAAUACAUUGAUGAAAUGUACACCUCAUUAUAUCCGGUGCAUCAAACCAAAUGAGACCAAGAAACCCAGAGACUGGGAGGAAAACAGGGUCAAACAUCAAGUAGAAUAUUUAGAGUUGAAGGAAAACAUCCGCGUACGCAGAGCAGGAUAUGCUUACAGGAGGGUGUUUAAGAAAUUCCUGCAAAGAUAUGCAAUUCUGACCAAAGAGACUUGGCCGGUAUGGCGUGGAGAUGAGAAAAAGGGUGUCCUCCAUUUGCUGCAUUCUGUCAAUAUGGAGCCUGACCAGUUCCAGCUUGGAAAAACAAAAGUGUUCAUUAAAGCUCCUGAGUCGCUAUUUCUUUUGGAGGAGAUGCGUGAGCGGAAGUAUGAUGGCUAUGCUCGAACAAUUCAGAAAGCCUGGAGGAAGUAUGUAGCCCGGAAGAAGUAUGUGGAAAUGCGAGAACAAGCCUCUGAUCUUUUCCUAAACAAAAAAGAAAGAAGACGCAAUAGCAUUAAUCGGAAUUUUAUUGGAGAUUACAUUGGUAUGGAGGAACAUCCAGAGCUUCGACAAUUUUUGGGAAAGCGGGAAAAAGUUGACUUUGCAGACACUGUUACCAAGUAUGACCGCAGAUCAAAAAGCAUAAAAAGGGACCUUAUACUAACCCCGAAAUCUGUGUACCUCAUUGGACGGGAAAAAAUUAAACAGGGUCCAGAAAAGGGAAUAGUGAAGGAAGUUAUUAAAAAAAAGAUCGACAUUGAACGUAUUCUUUCCGUCUCUCUAAGCACAUUUCAGGAUGACUUUUUCAUUCUCCAUGAGCAAGAGUAUGACAGUCUGCUGGAAUCACUGUUCAAGACAGAAUUCAUAAGCCUUUUAUCCAAGCACUACGAAGAGAAGACCCAAAGAAAACUACCUCUGAAGUUCAAUAAUACGCUUGAAAUGAAGUUAAAGAAAGAAUCCUGGGGCCCAUGGAGUGGAGGAAGCAGUGCCCGGCAGGUGCAGUUUGUUCAAGGGUUUGGAGAUGUAGCCAUACUGAAACACAGCAAUAAAGCGCUACAGGUCAGCAUUGGUCAAGGCCUUCCAAAGAACUCCCGGCCCACCAGGAGAAAUAUUGCUGAUGGAAGAAAUAACACAAACAAAGCCAAGUCUUAUCCAAGCAGAGCUGCUCCACCACCACCAGGGUCUCAUCAAAAUGGGGUAAUACAGGGUUCCAUGUAUGGGCAUCAGCAACAGAAACCUGGAAGGCAAAAUAGCAGCAACCCUAAACCAGUCCAUCCCUCUAUGGACCACCCAAUUUUGCCAAGACAAGUGGCUGGAGCUUCAGCAAGAAAUCAACAGCAACAACCAAGCUUGGAGUUUCUACGUGUGCCAGACCAAGGUGUUGCAGGUACACGCCGACAGACAACAAGCCGCCCCCCUCCAGGAGGAGGAAGGCCUAAACCUCAGCCUAAACCAAAACCAAAUGUGCCGCAGUGCAAGGCCCUGUAUGCAUAUGAUGCACAAGAUACAGAUGAGCUUAGCUUUAAUGCCAAUGACAUCAUAGAUAUAAUCAAAGAAGAUCACUCGGGAUGGUGGACAGGCCGCCUACGUGGCAAACAAGGACUUUUCCCUAAUAAUUAUGUGACCAAGAUCUAACUUUCAGAUUUCACCCGGACCAUCCCAGCCUUUUCUAUUUAUCACCUUCCAGUAGCUCUGAAGUGCCUAAGAUGUGUAUUUGAGAAUAUCAGACCAAAUGAUAGCCCUGCACCUGUCAGAGGAGCAGCCUUUCAGCUACACACCACCCAAAUCAAGGACACCAAAGCACUGAACUGGAAGCUAUUUAUUGCCUUUAAUCCUAUAUCUGGACUUUGCUGCCCAGUAGAUCACAAUGCAUUGCUGAGCAGUGUGUUGCAAGACUUUACAGUAGCAAGACUGGCUAAAGAGUGAAUGAUAUGAAAGAGUUGUGAUGGCAAGUGCCUUAAUUUUCUUGUUUACUGAUGUUACGUUAUAUGAAGAUGAAGACAGUUUCUCUCUCUAUGUGAAGGAAAUAGUUUCAUAUGCUGCUAACACAUCGCUGACUGACAUAGGAAAAGGCAAUGCUGAUUGAAACGGGAUGCAGUAAGAAUGUAGUUGCUAUAUAUCGAUAGAUUGCAAAAUCUGCUAGGCACUGCAUAUUAAAUGUAUAGUCACUGCACAGGUGCAUAGUCUUAUAUGAGAAUAUGGCUGGCCCAUGUUAAUGCUGUUACCUGUUACAGGAAACAUCUCAAUCUCUGAAACUGUAAAUGGAUAAAUCAAAUGACAUAUACUGUACAUAGAUAUAUAUAAAUAUAUACAAAAGUAUAUAAUUAUGUUAAAACUACACAUGACUGUAUAACAUAAUCUGAUGUUUUAAAUGCAAUUUUGGGGCUAUUAUAUCAGGUACUUAACAAAAUAUGCACUUACCACCAUGUUUUUAAAGCUUUAUAGCCUUAACUGUUGCUUAUGAUGGAAAUGACUUCGGUAUUGCAAAUUUCCUAAAUACCCUUUAACAGAAGCUAGCCCAGUCUGAAACCAUUAAUAGGCUAUUUAAUAAAUAUCUUUUGUU